UCGCUCCAGCAGCCUCUCAUUCGCUUGGCGCUGUCCCUGUCCUCCGCGGCGGUCUGGCUUCCCCGACGUGGUUUGUUUGCGACGCUGUCGUGCAACAGCGCGCUUUACGGCCGCGGGGACGGAGCGAGCCGGCGCCAGGGCCGCUCCGGCCGGGAAGCAGGGCAGGCGAGCGAGGUUGAUGCCCGGCGGCGGGGCGAGCGCGGCGUCUGGCCGGCUUCUCACCGCCGCAGAGCAAAGGGGGGCCCGGGAAGCGGCAGGGUCGGCGUCCAGGAGCGGCCCGGGGGGCUCCGGCGGCGGCAGAGGCGGAGCAGGCGGUCCCGGGCCGGGGAGCGGAGGCCCGGGGGGCCCCGCGGGCAGGAUGAGCCUGACCCCGAAGGAGCUCUCAAGCCUGCUGAGCAUCAUCUCGGAGGAGGCGGGCGGCGGCAGCACCUUCGAGGGCCUGUCCACCGCCUUCCACCACUACUUCAGCAAGGCCGACCACUUCCGCCUGGGCUCGGUGCUGGUUAUGCUGCUGCAGCAGCCAGACCUGCUGCCCAGCGCGGCGCAGCGCCUCACCGCGCUCUACCUGCUCUGGGAGAUGUACCGCACCGAGCCGCUCGCCGCCAACCCCUUCGCCGCCAGCUUCGCGCACCUGCUGAACCCCGCGCCUCCCGCCCGCGGCGGCCAGGAGCCUGACCGGCCACCGCUCUCAGGAUUUUUGCCUCCUAUAACUCCACCAGAAAAGUUUUUUCUUUCCCAGCUGAUGCUGGCACCCCCAAGGGAACUCUUCAAGAAGACGCCUCGCCAGAUUGCAUUGAUGGAAGUCGGAAGCAUGGGCCAGUCGGUGGACAUCAGCGGGCUUCAAUUAGCCUUGGCCGAACGCCAGUCUGAAUUGCCAACUCAAAGUAAAGCCAGCUUCCCUAGUAUUCUCAGUGACCCGGACCCAGAUUCUUCUAAUUCUGGAUUUGACAGCUCAGUUGCCUCUCAGAUCACGGAAGCUUUAGUCAGUGGACCAAAACCACCUAUUGAAAGCCAUUUUCGGCCAGAGUUUAUCCGCCCCCCACCUCCUCUCCAUGUUUGUGAGGAUGAGCUGGCGUGGCUGAAUCCCACAGAGCCCGACCACGGCGUUCAGUGGGACAAGUCCAUGUGUGUGAAGAACAGCACUGGCGUGGAGAUCAAGCGAAUAAUGGCCAAGGCCUUCAAAAGCCCCUUGUCUUCUCCCCAGCAGACACAGCUCCUUGGUGAGUUGGAAAAAGACCCCAAACUUGUUUAUCAUAUUGGCCUCACUCCAGCCAAACUUCCUGAUCUUGUGGAAAACAACCCUUUGGUCGCCAUAGAAAUGUUGCUGAAAUUAAUGCAAUCAAGCCAGAUCACUGAGUAUUUCUCCGUCCUGGUAAAUAUGGACAUGUCCUUACAUUCAAUGGAAGUUGUAAAUCGACUAACCACAGCUGUUGAUCUACCUCCUGAAUUUAUUCACCUUUAUAUAUCAAAUUGCAUCUCUACUUGUGAACAAAUUAAGGAUAAGUAUAUGCAGAAUCGUUUGGUGCGUCUUGUGUGUGUCUUUCUCCAGUCCUUGAUCCGUAACAAAAUUAUUAAUGUACAGGACUUGUUUAUAGAAGUGCAGGCAUUCUGUAUCGAGUUCAGUAGGAUACGAGAAGCUGCUGGUCUUUUCCGGUUGUUGAAGACGUUGGAUACUGGGGAAACACCUUCAGAGACCAAAAUGUCAAAGUAAUACCUCACUGGAACCACCCAUUAAUUCAUUGUUCAGCUGUGAUUUAGAUUUUAAAACUGUUCAAACUAAAGUGGAUUGCUUGGUCUAAUGCAUAUAAACAACACUUUAUCUACUUAAAGCAAAGUUUUGCUUUCCUGGAUGACUUUUUCAUUAAGAUGAAUUUUUGGUAAGAACUUGGGAAAAUGUCUUUUAGGUGUCUUGCCAGUAACUAUCCAUUAGGAGGAACGGUUGUCCCAAAAAAAGUUACUGCAAAAAAGAAGAGAAGAGGUUUUUUUUUUUUUUUUUUUUUUUUUUUUUAGCACUAAAGAGCAAAAUGCCUAUUUUUGCUUAAAAGACAAAUUACAGUCUUCUGAGAAAGUAGGAAUCCAGUUUUUUAAGAUUCCAAAGUUAAAAGUAUUUAAUGAGAGUCAAUGAAGAUAUUCUUAAGAAUUUGUGAUACUGUCCUUGAGGUCAAAGCAUUUGAAUGUUUCUGAUUCAUCAGGUGGCAAACAGAAGUUUGGUUCUUGAACCUACUUAUGCAUGUAGCUCUUAACUUCUCAUUAAGCAGUCUAAAUCAAGGACUGACUUGUAACUUUAUCCUUCUUGUCAUGGGGACUUAAACAACAGAAUAAAUGCAUUUCUUGGGCUUCUUAUAAACAUGGGAACUCUUAGAAACCUUUUUCUAGGCUGUAAUAGCUAGUAUAAUUUUGUUUUUUUCCUCAAAGAUGUUCUUCUGUUAUUAGUCUAAGAUAGCCAUUUCUUUGUUUUGUUUUAAGGAAAACUGUCAGUGCUUUGGGAGGUAGUAACACCACUGGGAACUGCCAUGUAAACUGCCUGCUGAAUGAGAUCUGCACUCCUCUCUGGGUGGGGUGUAGAUGCAUGUUUGGGACGUAGAGAGCAGGGUGGCAUCGUGUGGGCUGUUACCCCCCAUGUGACUUUGGAUAACAGUGCCUUCCAUUAAAGUUCUUUUUUUAUCUA